AUGGACGUAGUUUUUCCCGAAAUGUCAAGUCUUAAAAUCCCGGGAGAGAAAUUCUACACAGCUGUCGAACUCCAAAUCAAGGAAGCGCCUCCCAAAAGUGACUAUAGAAAGCUAGUGGUUCUUGUCACGUGCUUUCUCUACGUCGUGAUAUUUCCUUUCUUCUUCGUCGUCGAUAUCGGACUGGAUGUGUAUGCCGGUCGGUUGCAGCGAACUAAUCAUGUUACAAUGAUGGAAUCGCGAGGUUUGCCAAGAGAGAAUCUCGGAGGGAAGGUGACGACCGACGGGAGUUCCGAGUACGGGAUCAUUCAGGAUGCAGUCAGCGGAUCAAGUCUCUCAUCUUCCGAGUACGAGGAUGUCACGUGGGGUCCCUUGUCAAUAUCUUUGUUCCUGGGAUCGGUGAAGGAUUUGGAGCCGACCAAAAAAGCAAUCGAGUGCCUGAGGACUCAACAUCCCAUCCUCGAACAGCGCACUACCUUCAGCUUUGUGUUUUCCCUCGACGACGAAGACGAACCNCACACGUUCCUGUUCGGUCCCUUGUCAAUAUCUUUGUUCCUGGGAUCGGUGAAGGAUUUGGAGCCGACCAAAAAAGCAAUCGAGUGCCUGAGGACUCAACAUCCCAUCCUCGAACAGCGCACUACCUUCAGCUUUGUGUUUUCCCUCGACGACGAAGACGAACCAAUGUGGAGGUUCUGGAAUGGAAGUUGCGACUCCAUCUCGGAGAUCUUGGAUGCAAGAAACGCGAGUCUCGCUCGAACCAAGGUGCUCUACCCGAUCAACCUCAUGAGGAACGUGGCAAGGAACAGUUCGCGCACUCACUACUUCGCCGUUUGCGACAUGGAUAUCACUCCUAACCCUGGACUACGAGAUGGAUUCAAGAAGAUGGCGAGAAAUAAUAAAAUGAUGGAGACUGAGGAUGCCAUAUACAUCAUGCCGGUUUUUGAGUUGGAAAAUGGAACUCCUAAACCGAAGAAUAAGAUGGAGCUACGCCUCCUCUAUGAGGAGGGAAUCGCACGACAGUUUUUCUUCACCUGGUCUCCUCUUGCUCAGGGACAGACUGACUACGCAAAUUGGUUCGCUCUCCCACCUACUGAUGGAGUCAAGAUUGCUUACGAAGUGGAAUGGAGAUUUCUAUAUGAACCCCUAUUCAUCGCCCCAAACACUGCUCCCAGAUAUUUCGAAAAAAUCAAGGGUUACUCUUACGAACAAGGAACUCAUGCAUGCGAACUGAGUGUCUCCGGCUGGAAAUUCUACGUUUUGGACAACGCAUUCAUCACCCACGACGGAUUCAAGCUCUUCCGACAAUCGCCAUUCGUGGACAGGAUGGUGAGGCAGAGGCUAUCGAAUUCCGUCAUCUCCCAGAGGAUUUACAAGGCUCAGCUAUUGUCCCGCUACGGAAGAAAAGCGAGGCAGUGCUCCUCCUUUUGGUAUCGUGCCACGGAAGUCACUUUAAUGACUGUCGUGCAGUUUUACUGA